CAGUCUUCAAGCAUCAAUUCCAUCAAAAGAAAUGUUUCGCUUAGCUCUCAAUAAACCCAUCACACCGAUGCUAGUGCUAGCCUUCAUUCUUUUCCUGAACUUGCGCCUUCCCUUCUGCUUGUCAGCUCAGUUUCACAACGAAUCCAAUGCUGAUAGGCAGGCUCUCCUCUGCCUCAAGUCCCAGCUCCAUGACCCCUCUGGAGCUUUAGGCUCAUGGAGAAAUGAUUCCAGUGUUUCGAUGUGUGAUUGGCAUGGGGUUACAUGCAGCACAGGGCUUCCAGCUCGAGUAGAUGGAUUAGACCUCGAGUCAGAAAACAUCACCGGCCAAAUAUUUCCUUGUGUUGCUAACCUCAGUUUCAUCUCCAGAAUUCACAUGCCUGGUAACCAACUCAAUGGCCACAUUUCACCUGAGAUCGGCCGUUUAACACACCUCAGGUAUCUAAAUCUCAGCGUGAAUGCACUUAGUGGUGAAAUACCAGAGACUUUAUCGUCAUGUUCUCGCCUCGAAACCAUCAAUCUGUAUAGCAACUCCAUUGAAGGUAAGAUUCCUCCAAGUCUUGCUCAUUGUUCAUUUCUUCAGCAAAUUAUUCUUAGCAAUAACCAUAUUCAUGGAAGCAUACCUUCGGAGAUUGGUUUGCUUCCCAACCUUUCUGCACUAUUCAUUCCUAACAAUGAGCUCACUGGCACCAUUCCUCCACUUUUGGGAAGUAGCAAAACACUUGUAUGGGUGAAUCUCCAAAAUAAUAGCCUUGUUGGGGAAAUACCCCCUUCUCUCUUCAACAGCUCUACCAUAACUUACAUAGAUCUCUCACAGAAUGGUCUAUCCGGGACUAUUCCUCCAUUCUCAAAAACAUCUUUGGUUCUGCGAUACCUUUGCUUAACUAAUAAUUACAUCUCUGGCGAGAUUCCCAACUCAAUUGAUAACAUUCUCUCCCUGUCUAAGUUGAUGCUUUCUGGAAACAACUUAGAAGGGACCAUUCCAGAGAGCCUAGGAAAACUCUCUAAUUUGCAAUUACUAGAUCUAAGUUAUAAUAACUUAUCAGGAAUUAUUUCACCAGGAAUAUUUAAAAUCUCAAAUCUUACCUAUCUUAAUUUUGGUGACAACCGAUUUGUUGGGAGAAUUCCCACCAACAUUGGCUAUACCCUUCCAAGACUCACUAGUUUCAUACUACAUGGGAACCAGUUUGAAGGACCAAUUCCUGCUACAUUAGCCAAUGCUUUGAAUCUUACAGAGAUUUAUUUUGGACGCAACUCCUUCACUGGUAUUAUUCCUUCAUUGGGAUCCUUGUCCAUGUUGACUGACUUAGAUCUAGGUGACAAUAAGCUUGAGUCUGGAGAUUGGACUUUCAUGUCUUCACUAACAAACUGCACCCAACUGCAAAAUUUGUGGUUGGGUGGAAAUAAUCUACAAGGAGUACUUCCCACUUCUAUUGGCAACCUAUCAAAAGGACUACAGAUAUUGAAUCUAGUACAGAACCAGUUGACUGGCAGCAUACCUUCAGAAAUAGAAAACCUCACUGGUCUCACUGCCAUUCUGAUGGGUAAUAAUAUGCUCUCCGGACAAAUUCCCAGCACAAUUGCAAAUCUUCCAAACUUGCUGAUCCUAAGCUUAUCUCACAACAAGCUUUCUGGAGAAAUUCCUCGAUCAAUAGGCACACUAGAGCAGCUCAUUGAACUUUAUCUUCAGGAAAAUGAAUUAACUGGGCAAAUACCUUCAAGUUUAGCAAGAUGCACAAAUUUGGUUGAGCUAAACAUUUCAAGAAAUAACCUCAAUGGAAGCAUUCCGUUAGAUCUCUUUUCGAUUUCUACACUUUCUAAAGGUCUGGACAUAUCCUAUAAUCAACUCACUGGGCACAUACCACUGGAGAUUGGUAGAUUGAUUAAUCUUAAUUCUCUUAAUAUCUCCAACAACCAAUUAUCUGGUGAGAUCCCCUCCAAUCUUGGUGAGUGCCUUGUUUUGGAAUCAGUUCGCUUGGAGGCAAAUUUUCUACAAGGAGGCAUCCCGGAAUCUCUAAUUAACUUAAGAGGCAUAAUUGAGAUUGAUUUUUCCCAAAACAACUUGUCUGGUGAAAUCCCAAAAUAUUUUGAGUCUUUUGGAUCUUUACGCUCUCUCAAUCUAUCUUUCAAUAACCUUGAGGGACCUGUUCCCAAAGGAGGCGUGUUUGCAAAUUCUAGCGAUGUGUUCAUCCAAGGAAAUAAAAUGUUAUGUGCAAGUUCACCAAUGUUACAGUUACCACUUUGCAAGGAACUGUCAGCCAAACGGAAGACAUCCUAUAUUCUUACUGUGGUAGUUCCAGUUAGUACAAUUGUUAUGAUUACCUUGGCAUGUGUUGCCAUCAUGUUUCUGAAGAAGAGAUCUGGACCGGAGAGAAUCGGCAUUAACCAUUCGUUCAGGCGUUUGGAUAAAAUAUCAUACAGUGAUCUGUACAAAGCAACAUAUGGUUUCUCUUCAACAAGUCUUGUUGGUUCAGGAACAUUUGGAUUGGUAUAUAAAGGUCAAUUGAAGUUCGGUGCACGCGAUGUUGCAAUUAAAGUAUUUAGACUUGACCAAAAUGGAGCACCCAAUAGUUUUUCUGCUGAAUGUGAGGCACUGAAAAGCAUUCGCCAUCGGAAUCUUGUAAGAGUAAUUGGCUUAUGUUCAACCUUUGAUCCAUCAGGAAACGAGUUUAAAGCACUAAUUCUUGAGUAUAGAGCGAAUGGUAACCUCGAAAGCUGGAUCCAUCCAAAACCAUGCAGUCAAAGCCCCCCAAAACUGUUUAGUUUGGCUUCAAGGGUAAGAGUAGCUGGAGACAUUGCCACUGCAUUGGAUUAUCUUCAUAACCGAUGCACUCCUCCUUUGGUUCACUGCGAUCUGAAACCAAGCAAUGUUCUUUUGGAUGACGAAAUGGUUGCUUGUAUUAGUGAUUUUGGACUUGCAAAGUUUCUGCACAACAACUUUAUAAGCCUCAAUAAUUCAUCAAGCACUACUGGAUUAAGAGGAUCAAUCGGAUACAUUGCACCAGAGUAUGGCUUGGGAUGCAAGGUCUCAGCUGAGGGUGAUGUAUACAGUUACGGAAUUAUUGUUCUAGAAAUGAUAACAGGAAAGCAACCAACUGAUGAAAUCUUUCAAGAUGGAAUGGACCUUCACAACUUUGUGGAGUCGGCAUUUCCGGAUCAAAUCAGUGACAUUUUAGAUCCUACUAUCACCGAAUAUUGUGAAGGUGAAGACCCAAAUCAUGUUGUGCCUGAAAUACUAACAUGCGCCAUACAAAUGGCCAAGCUUGGGCUAAUGUGCACAGAGACAUCACCAAAAGAUCGACCGACAAUGGAUGAUGUUUACUAUGAUAUCAUUUCCAUCAAAGAAAAAUAUUAUGCACUGAUCAACUGAGGAAAUGGAUGGAUACUACUGAAGUUCACCUCCUGAAACUAGUAAAAUUGUGCUGGUACUCAUCUUUCCAGUUGUUGUAGUGAAGAUUCUCUUUAUGAAUCCAAAUAAACUAUGAUUACGAUUUUGUAGUUACACUUGUACACACUACAAUUUUAACAUGGGGGCAAUGCAGCUGUUAAGGUUCUCCCAUGCUGUUAUGCAGUCUAUUCCAAAGG